AUGGACGCCGUCGCAAUCCAAGAUGCCAACAAGAUCAGAGUCGCCAUGGGCCUUGCGCCGUUGCCCGUACCCGGCGAAGAUGGUCUUCAGUUCAAGUCAAAAGACGCUGGCGAAGAAUCAGAUCCAGACGAUAUGAGCACUCUCGAAAAGCGCCAAGCAGCUGCAGGCGACAACUGGAAGAAGCUGCAAGACGAGGAAAAGGCAAGACAAGAGCGUCUGGCGCGCAAGGAAGCCAUCAAGAGAGCCCGCGAUCUCGAACUACGGAACGCAAAGUUGGAAGGCACGGGUUUGGGAGAUGCAGAAGAGGCAGACAUGGACACAAAAACUUGGCUGUUGCAACAAAAGAAGCGUCAAAAGAAGAUCGAAAAGGCGAGAAAGUACGAGGAAGAGCAAGCUGAACUCGAGCGUCAGGCACAAGCAGAGUAUUCGGCCAAGGAUCUGGCUGGUGUCAAGGUUGCACACGAGCUAGAUCAGUUUGACGCCGAGGGCGAGCAAAUCCUGACACUCAAAGAUGCUGUCAUUGGCGAUGAGAGUGAGGAUGACGAGCUGGAAAACCUGGAUCUGCGCGCAAAAGAACAACUACAAGAAAAGCUGGAGCGCAAGAAGAACAAGCCUGUCUACAACCCCAAUGACAUGGAUGAUGGAAACCGUUCGAUUCUCGCGCAUUACGAUGAAGAAAUUGAGGGCAAAAAGAAGAAGGCAUUUACUCUGGACACAUCUGGUGCAGUCGAUCAAGCUGCUGUUGCUGCUAAAAGGGAAGCUGCAGAAGCAGAGCGUAUUGGUGUCAAAGGCAUCAAGUUUAGUCUGGACGAGCUCAAGGACGACACUCCCAUUUCAGAUUACCAAGAUCCUUCGACCGCCAAAAUCCGCAAGCCCAAGAAGCCGAAGAAGGCCAAAACGACCCGUACAAAGGCCGCUGACGAUGAUGACAUUUUCCCCCUACCUACACAACAACCUUCUGGAGACCAAAUGGAUGUUGAUGGUCAACCGUCAUCAAACGGUGCUGCUAAGAAACGCACUUUCGAGACCUUUGACGACGAUGACCUACAAGCGAAGCUGGCGGAACAACGUCGUCAAGCAUUGAAGAAGCGUAAGAAGACUGAUGCUGCUGAGCUGGCUCGCCGCAUUCGCGAAGAAGAAUCUGCAACACCUAUGAACACUGCCGAAGAUGAUGAAGAGCCCGGUCUUGUCAUCGAUGAAACUACCGAGUUCGUCUCCAACUUGAGACGUCCACAAUCACCAGAUUCGGCGGAUGAGCGCCGCCGUAGAGCAACCUCAACACCUGCUGCCAGAGUCAUGGAUGAAGACGAAACCAUGCAAGAAUCAUACGCUGCAGUCGAAGACGAAGAAGACGCUCGUGCUCGCCGCGAAGCCGAGGAACGUGAAUCAGUCGCUCCACCAGCAAUGACAUCUACAGGUUUCGAAGAGGAAGAGAAUACAAUGACUGGAGCUGGAGGAAUCCUUAACAUGCUUCGCAAACGAGGUCUCGUCCAGGACAGUGACGCCGACAAAGCCAACGCAGCUGUUCGCGCACAACAACAAUUCCUUGCCGAGAACCAAGCUCUUGUCGACGAAUACGAUCGCAAAACAAAGGAAGAGCGUGAAAAGGACCGCAAAUCUGGUCGUUGGGAUCGCAUGUCCCACCGCGAGCGUGAGAACUAUCAACGUCAACAGAAUGAGCAAAGAGAUGCCUAUCUUGCACAACUACAAGCCGAACAUUUCAAGCGUUCAUACAAGCCUAAUGUCCAGCUUCGUUACAAUGAUGAAGAUGGUCGUGAAAUGAACCAGAAGGAGGCGUUCAAGCAUCUCAGUCAUAGAUUCCACGGUAAAGGCAGUGGUAAACAAAAGACCGAAAAGCGUAUGAAGAAGAAACAGGAAGAGGAUGAGAGGCAGAGGAAGUCGCUGCUGGGCUUUACUGGUGCCAACGAGGCUGUCGGCGCAACGGCAAAGAAGAACAGACAGGCGGGUGUGAGAUUGCAAUGA